ACAAAAAAUACGUCUUUUCCCUUAGAUCUAUCUAACACACAAUAACAUACACACAGAGGGUCCAUCCCAAAUUCCCAACUCAAAACUCUCUAAUUCUUUUUUCUCUAAUCGAAAUUCCAAAAUCAUUCCUAUCUCAGAUCUAAGGAUUGUUAAAGAAAAAAAAAAAAGAUGCUGACAAAAUUUGAGACGAAAAGUAAUAGAGUAAAAGGACUAAGUUUUCAUAGCAAAAGGCCAUGGAUCCUUGCUAGUCUUCAUAGUGGUGUUAUCCAACUAUGGGAUUAUCGAAUGGGAACUCUCAUUGAUCGUUUUGACGAACACGAUGGCCCCGUUCGUGGCGUUCACUUUCAUCAAUCGCAACCGCUUUUCGUCUCUGGAGGGGAUGAUUACAAGAUCAAAGUAUGGAACUACAAACUGCAUCGGUGUUUGUUUACUCUACUUGGUCAUCUUGAUUAUAUUCGCACGGUUCAAUUUCACCAUGAGAACCCAUGGAUUGUUAGUGCUAGUGAUGAUCAAACUAUCCGGAUAUGGAAUUGGCAAUCUCGUAAUUGUAUAUCUGUUUUGACUGGGCACAAUCAUUACGUAAUGUGUGCUUUGUUCCAUCCAAAGGAGGAUCUUGUGGUAUCUGCUUCAUUAGAUCAGACUGUUCGAGUUUGGGAUAUUGGUGCAUUGAAGAAGAAAACAGUUUCCCCUGCAGAUGAUCUUCUUCGGUUGAGUCAGAUGAAUUCAGAUUUCUUUGGGGGGGUUGAUGCUGUUGUGAAGUAUGUCCUGGAGGGCCAUGAUCGAGGAGUUAACUGGGCAUCAUUCCAUCCUACUCUCCCUCUUAUAGUUUCAGGAGCUGACGAUCGUCAAGUGAAGAUAUGGCGAAUGAACGAUACAAAAGCUUGGGAAGUAGACACAUUAAGAGGUCAUAUGAAUAAUGUGUCAUGUGUUCUUUUCCAUGCGAGACAAGACAUUAUUGUAUCAAACUCAGAGGAUAAAAGUAUACGUGUUUGGGAUGCUACGAAAAGAACUGGGCUUCAAACUUUCCGCAGGGAGCAUGACAGAUUUUGGAUUCUUGGCUGUCAUCCUGAGAUGAAUCUUUUGGCAGCUGGACAUGACAGCGGUAUGAUUGUUUUCAAGUUGGAGAGAGAACGCCCUGCUUUCUCUGUUAGCGGUGAUUCGUUGUACUUUGUGAAAGACCGCUUUCUACGCUUUUAUGAGUACUCUUCUCAAAAGGACACUCAAAUACUACCAAUCCGCAGGCCUGGUUCCAUAAGCUUAAACCAAGGACCUAGAACUCUCUCCUACAGCCCAACUGAAAAUGCAGUGCUAAUAUGUUCAGAUGCAGAUGGUGGCUCUUAUGAGCUCUAUAUCAUCCCUAAAGAUAGUUUUACUAGAGGUGAUACAGUUCAGGAAGCAAAACGUGGUGUCGGGGGUUCAGCAGUUUUUGUGGCCCGAAAUAGAUUUGCAGUCCUUGAAAAGAGCACAAAUCAGGUGUUGGUAAAAAACUUGAAAAACGAGAUUGUGAAGAAGAGUGCUCUUCCUGCUCCUGCAGAUGCUAUAUUCUAUGCUGGUACAGGUAACUUGCUAUGCAGGGCAGAGGAUAGAGUAUACAUCUUUGACCUUCAACAACGGUUGCUUCUUGGAGACCUUCAAACUUCUUUUGUGAGAUAUGUUGUUUGGUCAAAUGACAUGGAGAGUGUUGCUUUACUUAGCAAACAUUCAAUAGUCAUAGCUGAUAAAAAACUCACUCACCGGUGCACCCUUCACGAGACAAUCCGAGUGAAAAGCGGUUCAUGGGAUGAUAAUGGUGUGUUUAUAUACACCACCCUCACCCAUAUCAAAUACUGUCUACCUAAUGGGGACAGUGGAAUCAUUAAAACCCUUGAUGUUCCAGUGUACAUCACAAAAAUAUUUGGAAAUACACUCUUUUGCUUGGACCGAGAUGGGAAAAACCGCCCAAUAGUUAUUGAUUCAACCGAAUAUAUCUUUAAGUUAUCUUUGCUUCAAAAGAGAUAUGACCAUGUAAUGAGCAUGAUAAGGAAUUCAGAGCUUUGUGGUCAAGCCAUGAUUGCAUAUCUCCAGCAAAAAGGUUUCCCAGAAGUUGCCCUUCAUUUUGUCAAGGAUGAGAGAACUCGUUUCAAUUUAGCACUUGAAAGUGGAAACAUUCAGAUAGCUGUUGCUUCUGCUAAAGAAAUUGACGAGAAAGAUCACUGGUAUAAGUUAGGAGUGGAGUCCCUUCGUCAGGGAAAUUCCGGUAUUGUUGAAUAUGCAUACCAGAGGACGAAAAACUUUGAGAGGCUCUCUUUUCUGUAUCUGAUAACUGGAAAUUUGGAUAAAUUGUCAAAAAUGAUGAAAAUCGCUGAGGUAAAAAAUGAUGUUAUGGGACAAUUUCAUAAUGCUUUGUACUUGGGUGAUGUUCGAGAACGAAUCAAGAUUUUAGUCAAUGCUGGUCAUUUACCUCUAGCAUAUGCUACAGCUAAAACCCAUGGGUUGACUGAUAUUGUUGAAGACCUUGCUGAUAAACUUAAAGGUAAUGUUCCUAAUCUGCCUAGUGGUAAGUCUAGUUCACUUUUGAUGCCCCCAACUCCUAUCUUAUGUGGUGGAGACUGGCCAUUACUGAGGGUCAUGAAAGGAAUCUUUGAGGGUGGUCUUGAUAACGUUGGAAAGAGUGGCAAUGAAGAGUAUGAAGAUGCUGCAGAUGCGGAUUGGGGUGAGAACUUGGAUAUUGUGGAUGUAGAUAACAUUCAGAAUGGUGACAUCAGCAUGGUGAUUGAUGACGAAAAAUCACCUGAAGAGGAAGACGAAGACGGAGGUUGGGAUCUUGAGGAUCUUGAACUUCCACCUGAUGUUGAAACACCUAAAGCGGCCACUGCUCGCUCUUCAAUAUUUGUGGCACCUACUGCUGGUAUGCCCGUGAGUCAGAUCUGGGUGCAGAAAUCAUCUCUUGCUGCCGAACAUGCAGCAGCUGGAAACUUUGACACCGCCAUGCGGUUACUGAGCCGCCAGCUUGGAAUAAAGAAUUUCACACCAUUAAAAUCGUUGUUCCUUGAUCUUCACUUGGGAAGCCAUACUUACUUGCGUGCUUUUUCAUCUGCUCCUGUAAUCUCCUUGGCAAUCGAGAGAGGUUGGACCGAGUCAGCCACUCCUAAUGUACGGGCCCCACCUGCACUUGUGUUCAGUUUCUCUCAGCUGGAAGAAAAACUAAAGGCAGGUUACAAAGCUACCACUACUGGGAAGUUUACUGAAGCCCUGCGGGUCUUUCUUGGUAUUCUCCAUACCAUUCCCUUAGUAGUCGUUGAGUCUAGAAGGGAGGUGGAUGAAGUUAAAGAAUUGAUUAUAAUCGUCAAAGAAUAUGUUUUGGGCUUACAGAUGGAACUUAAAAGAAGAGAAUUGAAGGACAACCCGGUUCGCCAACAGGAACUGGCUGCUUAUUUCACUCACUGUAACCUUCAGAUACCACAUUUGAGGCUUGCAUUAAUGAACGCUAUGACUGUGUGCUACAAGGGGGGUAAUCUAAUCACAGCAUCAAACUUUGCAAGGAGGCUACUGGAGACUAAUCCAACUGCAGAAAACCAAAACAAGACGGCCCGUUCGGUUAUGCAGGCUGCUGAGAAGAACAUGAGAGAUACAACACAGUUGAAUUAUGAUUUUAGAAAUCCGUUUGUUGUUUGUGGGGCGACUUAUGUUCCUAUAUACCGGGGACAAAAGGAUGUAUUAUGCCCGUACUGUAAUUCGCACUUUGUUGUUUCCCAGGAAGGGGAGCUUUGUACUGUUUGUGACCUGGCGGUUGUCGGAUUGGAUGCUUCUGGCUUACUAUGUUCUCCAGCACAGGUCAGAUGAUUCAGAUAGUUUCAGUGACAGUAUUGCCAGCCUCAGUUCUUUUGUUUAUCUUGCUUUCCGGGUAGAGAGGAAUAUUUUUGCCUUGUAGCUGAUGUCAUGCUCCUGCUUUAUCAUAUGGAUCACACACAAUCUGUAGAGUAGAUUUUGUUAUGGAUUUAGUUUCUGGACGUUUGAGGUUGGUUUCGAGUUUUUUUAAACAUGGCAAAGAUAUGAGCAGAAAGUUUAUUGGUCAUGAAAAGAGGUAUGAUGGUGUUUUACUAUGGAACAUGCCAUGGAUUAUCCAGAUAUUUUGCUUAUUUUUGUUUAUCUGUGAAUUAUGGAAUGUGAUGAAAUUGGGUCUGUCUAGGGAAUUCACAAACUGGUUUUAACUUGUGAAUGGUGGUUGUAUGUAGGUUUUGCAAUAAAAUAUAAGUACUUAAAUGUUUUUUCA